AUGUCCUUGAUGCGUGUAACAAGAGUCUAUACCUCGCACACGUGGCGCCGGGUGGUGACAAUUCGUUUGGCCAUGCUCGAGUCGCUUCCGCCGUUGGUGUGGGCGGCCCACCUCGCACCGUGUUUGGCGCUGCCCGAGGUACUCACCUGCGCGAGCUUGAGCAAGGCGCUGCGUCGCACACUCCACGACGACGUGACGUUGUCCCAUCCCGUCGAGCUCGCCGCUUCAAUCGAAGAGCUCACAGCGGUGCUGCACCAAUGGCCGAACCUGCGCCACGUGUGCUUCAAGCCGUUUAUCCGCUUUCAAGCUCCGUACAACGAGUCCAUCUACAAUCUUCACCGCACCGAGGCGCCCGAAGAAGAGCUCGACAUCGAGGCCCGCAUCGACGGACUGGUGCAAAACGCGCUCACCCAGAGUGCACGCAUGACGCGUCUCAACGCUGCGUUGGCCGAGUCCCUUGACACCGUCGUCGACCAGCUCCAUACGCUCGACCUCAGCGGCACGAUUGGCGUCCAGCUCUUUCCAGGUCUACACCGCCUCGCGCACGUCAACCUCAGCGGCUGCGCGAACAUUCGCGGCUUCGAGCACGUGCAGACGCUGCGCUCGAUCGAUCUCAGCUACUGCCACGGCGUCACGGACGUCCACUGGCUCGCACGCGUGGCGCACGUCGACUUGAGCUACUGCCACAGUCUUCGUGACGUGGCACCUCUAGCGCACGCCACAUCGGUCUGCCUCAACCUGUGCAAACUCGUGAGCGACGUGAACGCCCUCGAGAACGUGCAGACGCUCAGCUUACGCAACUGCCCGCGCAUACACGAUAUCUCGAUGCUCGGCCGCGUGCACACUCUCGUCCUGAGCGGCUGCAAGCUCGUGACCGACGUAUCGGCACUCACGCACGUUCAUACGUUGCACCUGAGUGGGCUCGACGUCUCGGACGUCUCGGCACUCGGCCGCUGCGUCGAGCUGAAUCUUCGCAAGUGCCUUAACGUCGUCGACGUCUCUGCCCUCGGGCGCAUCACGCGCUUGGAUUUGAGCGGCUGUGCAGGCGUCACCGACGUCGCCGCGCUUGGCCAUGUGCAUACCCUCAACCUCUCUGCCUGCAGCCAUCUCACUGACGUCUCGGCCCUGCUCCACGUCACCCACUUGACGCUGAGCAACUGCGACGCGCUGGCGGACGUCGCGGCGUUGGGUCGUUCGAUGACGCUCCAGUCGCUCGACAUAUCCAACUGCAAGCUCCUCUCCGACAUUUCGGCGCUUGGCCAGAUCCCAACGCUCAACAUAAGCCGCUGCCACGGCGUGACAUCGCUGCGGGGCUUGUCGAGCGUCACGCACCUCGACAUGAGCUUCUGCCGCCACCUCGAGGACCUGACUCCCCUAACGUCGAUCCAGGUGCUCAACGCGUACCGCUGCCCCCGUGUGAAGGACUUGGCGCCGCUGCGGCACGCCCGCAAGGUCAACUUGAGCUGCUGCAAAGGCGUCACGGACGUCGGACCGCUGGGUCGUUGUCAUGACGUCGAUCUGCGUUUCUGUGGCGCGCUUCAGAACGUCUCGCCGCUUGCGAGCGUCCAUACGCUCAAGCUCGCGGGCUGCCAACUCGUGACCGACGUCUCGGCCCUUAGCCGCGUCCAGCACUUGGACCUAAGCUACUGCCACAGCGUCUCAGCCGUCUCCGGCCUCGGAAAUGUGCACUCGCUCAGUUUGCGCAAUUGCGCAAGCAUCGCCGACGUCGCCGGCCUCGGCGGGUGCUACUCGUUGAACCUCAGCGGCUGCGAACAGAUCACCGACGUGAGCGCGCUCGGCUGCGUGUCCAUUCUGAACCUGAGCGACUGUCAAGGCGUGCGUGACGUCAGCAUGCUCCAGCGCGUGCGGUGGCUUGACCUGCGCUUCUGUGCGAAUGCGCGUGGCGUCGACGCGCUGAGAGGCCACGUCCGCACGCUCCACCUCCAAGGCUGUGCCACCAACAAGCCGUAA